AUGCCUAUCUUUGCUAAGAGAGAUUCGAGCGAGGAUGGCGAGGAUGGCAGGCACACGAAUGGUGCCAAUGCACCAGAUGAGCACACACGACUCCUCCCCAACCGCGUUGACUCUGGCCGAGGCCUGCUUGCCCCCGACGAUCCAGCAGUGACCCCAUACAACCUAUGGAGCAUCCGAGCCUUGCGAUAUCUCUCAAUCCUCUUCACCCUGAUCACUCUGGUGUGGUGGGUCUUGCUGCUCGUGUCUACCUUUGCGACGCCGCCUGGCAUACAGACUCGAGGCAGCGUAUGGUUUGCCUUUGGAUACACCACCUGGACCCUUGCCAACUUGAUCUUCACCCUCCUCUUCUUCGAGGUGCCAUCCAAAUCUGUCAGGAUACUGGUCAUCUUCAUGUCGGCCAUCUUGUUCCUCGACAUGGUUAUGAUCUUGUCCGUACAAAAGAUCCGAUACGAAGAGAGGUGGGUCGGUGUCGUCAGCGUCAUCUGGGCUCUUCUCACGAGCCUUUGGACACUUUUGACAGACCGCAUGGUGGAAUGGGGCAAGGCAGAAGAGGAGGAGCGAUUGACUGGCCGAGCUGAGACGCGACGAACUCUGUUCGAAUGGUCCGGAGUGAUGCUCUCAACCAUUGCCUAUGCCAUCAUGUCGGUGGCCGUCUUCCUCAUCACUGUCACUAUUAUUCUUCGGGCACUCGAUGCGGGCGUGGUGCCUCCAGGAAAGCAGUACUGGGUUGACAAUCACAAGUAUCGUAUCCAUGUGUACUGCCACGGGAACAAGACCGACACCAAGGGCAAUGACUUGCCUACGGUCCUGUUUGAGGGCGGCGAGCGACCUGUCGAGUACGAGUUCUGGGACUUUGCCGACAACGCCCUCAAGAACGGAUCCAUUUCACGAUACUGCUUCACCGACCGUCCUGGAUACGGCUGGUCAGACAGCGCGCCCUCGCCGUCGUCGGCAGGUUUCAUAAUCGAUACCCUCAGCGAGGCUUUGAUCGGUGCAGGAGAGAGAGGCCCGUGGGUUCUGGCCAGUGCGGGUAUUGGAUCGAUUUAUUCCCGAGUAUUCUCGUCGCGCAACGGAGACCACGUCAAGGGUUUGCUUCUCAUAGAUCCGCUCCACGAGGACCUUCUCGGCGAAGUGGGAUCGCCCGGCUGGGGAUUCUUGCUCUGGCUUCAGGGUGUCCUCUCGCCGCUUGGUCUCGACCGACUGUCAGGUGCCAUUUUCCGAGGACGAACGAGCCGAGACCGAGUAUAUGGGCGAUCAGCCCAGCAGGGAGGCAAGCUGAUCUUUGCAAAGCUGCAGGAGAGUCUCGUGGCGGGUUCAUUCACACGACGGGAUGCCCAGACCAGCCGCCAGAUCCAGGACAAGGACACGCCGCUGGUGGUGAUCAGUUCUGGAGUGCAUGUCAAGCGAAGUCACACGUGGGAGAAGAAGCAGCGAGACCUGACCAAGCUGACGAACAAGUUGAAGCACUGGGACAUUGUCGACGGAGCGCCCCACGAAGUUUGGCAGACUCUUGAUGGUCGGCAAAAGAUUGAGAAGCGGCUGAAGGAGCUGGUGCAUGGUUGAAAGUUGAAACAGAGCCGCGGGAGCAUCUCGCACGUGAGUGAGUUUCAAGAUCUGGUCAGCUCCUCCCGCAGCGACAUCGGAUACACCCGAGAUGUUACCAAAAGGAUGUUAUUGGUCGGGAUCGAGCAUCGACGAUGCUUAUAAGACGGGUACACGAGACGAAAUGGACGAGCUCGGCAUUCUCAGGGGUUGGAUUUUUUGGACAAACCAUCCAUCAGCAGCAGGACAGGGCAGGGCAGGGCCUCCCCUCCAGUACGACGGGGACGGGAAGAGUGUGGGGACCUUGAUUUCCCGUUUGCGCGUGUGUGCAUGAUUUGUUUCUCUUGGCUUUACUGGCGCGUCUUCUAAAAUGACGUCGAAUGAUGGGGGGUGGAUGGUGAGAGAGAACAUUUUUGUGCUAUAGGCUUGUUGCUGCGUUAUAGCAUUGUAAUUGUAAUUCAUGCUGCUG